AUGGCCCGCCUCACACUAUGGUUGCUUCUAUGCGCCUUCGUCUGGUCUGCACGACAGGAAGAUAUGCCGCAGCUUGACUCAAAAUCGCUGAAUCUUCACCCCUUUCGUUACAACAUGAUAGUUAACACUACGGCCGACGAUCCCGAGCUUGAUAGAUAUCUUUGGAAGGGUAUCAAGAACGAAGAUGUAGUGCCAACGAGAACAGGAGGAAAGGUCAUUACGUAUAGCUUGCAAUCGAAGUUGGGAAAACGAGCGCCUACAUUCUACGGGCCGCUCAUCAAGACUCCAUGCCUUUUCUGCGGAAAAAAAGCCAGAUCAGUUUCCAAUGUCAACCUCGGUCAAUUUACCCCAGAAUCGAUGAUCCAAAGGAUGAAAUGGGGGGCUACAUUUGGACAAUGCUUAUUCUAUGGGCAACGCGCGAAGAAGUUCAAAGACAAUCCAGAUUACAGAGGCUCAUCUUUAUCGCGCUGGACCACUGAUUGGGGUUGUGUUCAGCCCGUUAUCAGGCAGGAAUUUUUUCGUACUAUUUGGCAAUUAUGGCCAAAUGAACAAGGCACCGAGCGUGACAGCUGCGAGACAGGGAAUAAUUACUACUGCUUGGACUAUUCGAAUCCCAGGUGCUGCUGGCUCAACGGACUCCUUGGUGAAAAGACGCAAUGGAAGGACAACGGUAUGAAGUACUUCAAGGCCAUGUCCCGAGCUAUGGCUAAAACGUGCUCUGGCGAAGUAUUCGUCAUGCUGGACAACAAGAAGAUGCUUCUGAAACAAUACGCCCAUGCUAGCGACACUCCCUCCAUCUGGCUGUACGACGAACUUCCUGAACUCAAGAACCUUUACAAUCAAGGCGUAGUCACAAAGCUUACAGUGAUACGCGUAGGGGACUUGAAGCGAUUUGAUCGAACAGGUUAUGCAUUCAGGAACGAGCCAGAACCUAGCGAUGCUAGCGAAGGCGACGCCGGCGCGCCGCCUUCGGACGAGAACUCACGUCGAGUUCGCUCGCUUCCAGGAGACUACGAAAGCGAAGAGGAGAUCACUGCGAUGGCAAUAACAAUUGCAGAGGCUCUGAAGAGGAAGGAAGCAGAGCUCAUACUGACUGGGGGAAUGGAAAAGGCUAAAUCCGAGAUGUACAAUCUGCAGAAGCGUGGGGUAUGCACAAGUGCAGCGGACCAAGAAACUCCGGGUAUGGACUGGUUCGGAUGA